UCACAAUUUAUUGUGUUGUCAUAAUCGAAAAUUUUCUAUUCAGUUUUGUUGUUUAUGUGAAAAAUUUGAACCAAUAUCUGUUUAAAAUAAUGAAGUUUAUUAGGCCAUCAUACAAGGCUUAUACCAACUGCAAUAUCUUCUCAUUGAUUUAUAUUCCCUUUUAAUGAUAUAUUUAAGCAUCCAGUUUUGACAGAUGUUACUGCUGAAGGAACUUUCUCGAUGGUAACAUAUCGAUAAGUUAUAACUUAUAAAGUUUCAAAGGCCAAGUAAAUGUUGUAACUGAAGAAGACGAAAGAACUACAAAUUACAAGAAAAAAAAAUCUUACCUUCGCCCUAAGAAGAAGCUAGAGAAGACAUUGUAUAACAGGUCACGCCUUUUAGAAGAUGCUUCCCUAUUAUGUAACUCAUGGUCUUCUCGACAAAAUUUAAAAAUGAAUCAAUCUAAAAGGCUAGAACAUUUCAGAUUUAUUUGAAGUUAAAUACUAAUUUGACCCUUAAAAACAAAAGAAACAUAUUAUGGCGCUACAAUCUGGAGUGAAUCUAUACUUUAAUCAACAAUCAUCUCCAGACGUAUCGAGUUGUAGCCAGCUGCCUUCAGUUACGCAUUCAAAAUUGGUUGAAGUGCCUUUCGACUUGCGAGCGGCAUCGAAGGGUGACAUAUUUGCCGGACUGAACGAUGGGAUUCUUAGCAGAGCAGAAGCAUUAGCAGCUGUCGAUAUACAAAAACACCAGAACACACAUGCCCAUUCGCAAAUGCCCUCACAGAUAAAACAUGAUGUCAUGUACCACCAUAGUAUGAGCGGGCCCCCUCAAAGACCAUUACAGAUGCACCAUACAAUGGACGGACUUGAUAUGUUGGAUCCAACGGGUUCAAUGACAACAUUAACACCUAUGUCUGAAACACCAAUUACACCUACACACCAUCAACUCCAUGGAUCAUAUCACGGCAUGAACCACAUGAUGGGACAUCACCAUGCGGGACCUUUAGGUGGACAUACACCGGGUAGGAAUUAUGGACAUCAUGGACAUCCGAGUGCGCAUCAUCCUGCAAUGGCAGCUGCAGUUGCUGCUGCUGGCCUACAUCCUGACACAGAUACAGAUCCUAGAGAAUUGGAGGCAUUUGCGGAGCGAUUUAAACAAAGGCGGAUAAAAUUAGGCGUUACCCAAGCGGAUGUUGGAAAAGCUUUAGCCAAUUUAAAAUUACCUGGAGUUGGAGCGCUUUCACAAAGUACAAUCUGUCGCUUCGAAAGUCUGACCCUGUCACAUAACAACAUGAUAGCAUUAAAGCCAAUACUUCAAGCGUGGCUUGAAGAAGCGGAGGCACAAGCGAAAAACAAACGAAGAGACCCAGAUGCGCCGAGUGUGUUACCUGCUGGCGAGAAAAAAAGAAAAAGGACUUCCAUUGCUGCACCUGAAAAACGCUCCCUUGAAGCAUAUUUUGCCGUCCAACCAAGGCCUUCUGGUGAGAAGAUAGCUGCCAUCGCUGAAAAGUUGGAUCUGAAGAAGAACGUGGUACGAGUCUGGUUCUGCAAUCAAAGGCAAAAACAAAAACGUAUAGUUAGUAGUGUUACGGCAUCUAUGACCGGCCCUGGACCCGCUGGAGUCACUGGUUUUGGUUACUGAUAGUAGCUUACAUCCCACGCAUCCCAUAGCAGCAGUACACUGAACAACGCCAUCAACCAAAUGGACUAUUUCAACACAGCUUCCACGCUGACGACGGCAUACUGAUCCAAAACAAAAUAAUGUGCGGACAAAAUACUGACAAGAGAACUGCGCCCUGCCCCAUAUUCGCCAUCAUCAUUAUAUUAUAGUUUUUAUUUUUUUUUGUUAAUUUGUUUCUAUUUAUUUUUAAAUUUUAUUUUGUUAAGUUUUUUAAUUAAUUUUCGUGAGGCAUUACAUCGCAUCGAAAAUUGUUUGUACAGAGAGGUGUGCAUUUGAAACAUUUUUGUUUUGAAGCAAAUUUGCGUUCCUAAUGAAAAAUACAUUUAUACCAAAAAAAGAAAAGAACAGAAAUAAAAACUGUUUAAAAAUGUAUCUAUUUAAAGAUUUGAUGAAAAUAUAAUUUUUGUACAUUGUCUAGUGUAGAGUAAAACCUUAGUUAAAAGUUCUUCAAAAAAA